AUGAUUGUUGCUCGUUCUGUCGUUCAUGCCAUGCCAAAGAGCGCAGCUCUUCGCAUGCCAGCGCGCAUGGUCGGCUCGAUGCGCAUGCCGGUGCGUGCACUGUCGACGACGCGUGCUGUCGCAGAGGGAAGCAACGGCUCAUUCCGCACGGAGCGUGAUACGUUUGGUGACUUGCAGGUGCCAUCAGACCGGUACUGGGGUGCUCAGACGCAGCGCUCCUCGAUGAACUUCAAGAUUGGCGGUAAGAUGGAACGCAUGCCAGAGCCGAUCAUCUCGGCCUUUGGUGUGCUGAAGAAGGCUGCUGCCACAGUGAACAAGCAGUACGGCCUGGACCCCAAGAUUGCCGAUGCGAUUUGUGCGGCGGCCGACGAGGUCAUCUCGGGCAAGCUGCAUGACCACUUCCCGCUCGUCGUCUUCCAGACGGGCUCUGGUACGCAGUCGAACAUGAAUGUGAACGAGGUCAUUUCCAACCGUGCCAUUGAGAUGCUCGGUGGCGAACUCGGCUCGAAGAAGCCCGUGCACCCGAACGACCACGUGAACCGCAGUCAGAGUAGCAACGACACAUUCCCAACGGCCAUGCACAUUGCGUCCGUGCUGGAGAUCACAAAGGAGCUCCUGCCUGCCCUGCGCCAUCUGCACAAGGCGCUCAGGGCGAAGGAGGAUGAGUUUGCUGAUAUCAUCAAGAUCGGCCGCACGCAUCUGCAGGAUGCGACGCCCCUGACACUUGGCCAGGAGUUCAGCGGCUACGUGCAGCAAGUGUCGAACUCGAUUGUUCGCGUGCAGGACGUGCUGCCGCGUCUCCGCAAGCUUGCGCAGGGCGGUACGGCCGUCGGCACGGGUUUGAACACGUUCAAGGGCUUUGACGUGAGGGUCGCAGCUGAGAUUUCACAGAUCACAGGUGAGACAUUUGAGACGGCGCCCAACAAGUUCGAGGCGCUUGCCUCGCACGAUGCCAUGGUCGAGGCGUCGGGCGCGAUGAACACGGUGGCCGUGUCGCUCAUGAAAAUUGCCAACGACAUUCGGUACCUCGGCUCGGGUCCACGCUGUGGUCUUGGUGAGCUGGCGCUGCCUGAGAACGAGCCUGGCUCGUCGAUCAUGCCGGGCAAGGUGAACCCGACGCAGUGUGAGGCUCUGACGAUGGUCGCCGCGCAGGUCAUGGGCAACCAUGUGGCCGUGACGGUCGGUGGCUCGUACGGCCAGUUUGAGCUGAACGUCUUCAAGCCUGUGAUUGCAAAGAACCUGCUCUCGAGCAUUCGUCUGCUCGCUGACGGCGCGAACUCGUUCACGGACCACUGUGUCGUGGGCAUCCAGGCGAACAAGAAGCGCAUUGAUCAGCUGCUGAACGAGUCGCUUAUGCUUGCGACAGCCUUGAACUCGCGUGUCGGCUACGACAACGUCGCCAAGGCGGCGAAGAAGGCGCACCACGAGGGCCUCACGCUCAAGGAGUCGACUGUGGGUCUUGGCCUCUUGACAGCGGAAGAGUUUGACGAGCAAGUGCGUCCUGAGCUCAUGAUCGGACCGAACGACCCGCCGAAGUAA